AUGAAAGAGAAAUGGGAAAUGAAAAGAGAUGAAAUGGGACAUCGAUGUUGUGGGAAACACAAGGUGAAGAGAGGGCUUUGGUCUCCAGAGGAAGAUGAAAAGCUUCUUCGUUAUAUCACCACUCAUGGUCAUCCAAGCUGGAGCUCCGUUCCCAAGCUUGCCGGGUUGCAAAGAUGUGGGAAGAGUUGCAGAUUAAGGUGGAUAAAUUACUUGAGGCCGGACUUGAAGAGAGGUUCGUUUAAUGCGGAGGAAGAGCAGACUAUCAUCGAUGUCCAUCGUAUUCUUGGUAACAAAUGGGCUCAGAUUGCUAAGCAUCUGCCUGGACGCACUGAUAACGAAGUCAAGAACUUUUGGAACUCAUGCAUUAAGAAGAAGCUUCUUUCUCAAGGCUUAGAUCCUUCCACUCAUAAUCUUUUGCCUUCACACAAAAGAUCUUCUUUUUCCAAUAACAAUAGUAUCCCCAAGCCAAGCAAGACGAAAAAUAUCUUGAAGGACCCUACUCUCGACCAAUCAGCCACUGCUUUCUCGAUCACAAACAUCAAUCCUCCCACUUCCACUAAACCAAACAGACUUAAAUCUCCUAACCGGACUCCAAUCCCCUGUCAAACCAAGAUAUCUAUCAAUGAUACCAUGUCAAGUCUUUUAGAUGAUGAUAAUAUGAUUCCUAACUGGUCGGAUGUUGAUGGAAUGGCGCCAAUCCACGAAGCUCCGAUGUUGUUGGGUGAGAAGGCAGUAGUAGGAGUUGAUGAUGAUGAUGAUCUCAACAUGGACAUUUUGUUUAAUACUCCUUCUUCUUCUAGUUUUGAUCCCGAUUUUGCUUCCAUUUUCUCCUCUGCAAUGUCCAUCGAUUUCAAUCCCAUGGAUGAUCUUGGCUGGACCUUUUAAUUAGUUUACUCUUAUAAUAUUUUCAA